AUGGGGCAGCAGUUCAGCUGGGAGGAGGCGGAAGCGGCCGGUGAGAUGGACGUGGCCCAGCUUCAGGAGUGGUACAAGAAGUUCGUGGUGGAGUGCCCCAGUGGCUCUCUCUUCAUGCACGAGUUUAAGUGCUUCUUCAAGGUCACAGGCAACGAGGAGGCCACCGAGUUUGUAGAGGGCAUGUUCCGAGCCUUCGACAAGAAUGGGGACAACACCAUCGACUUCCUGGAGUAUGUGGCAGCCCUGAACCUUGUGCUGAGGGGCACCCUGGAGCACAAACUCAAGUGGACCUUCAAGAUCUACGACAAGGACUGCAACGGCCGCAUCGACCGCCAGGAGCUGCUCGACAUUGUGGAGGCGAUCUACAAGCUGAAGAAAGCCUGCAGGGUGGAGAUGGAGUGUGAGCGGCAGGGACAGAUGCUCACCCCCGAGGAGGUGGUGGACAGAAUCUUCCUCUUGUUGGAUGAGAAUGGAGACGGCCAGCUGUCUCUGAAUGAGUUCAUGGAAGGUGCCCGUCGGGACAAGUGGGUGAUGAAGAUGCUGCAGAUGGACGUGAACCCCAGUGGCUGGAUCUCUCAGCAGAGGCGGAAAAGUGCCAUGUUCUGAGGAGUCGGGGGUCCUGGGAGCCCAGUAUGUGUCCACAGGCCCCUCCAGGACUCCAGGCUCACCAGGUUUCCCGAAGAGCCAGAGGGUCCCUGGCUCAGCCUGCUUGUGCCCACUCUUAUCUGGCGCCCCCCUAUGAAAGGGACUGGGCCGAGGCGGGUG